AUGACGCGCACGGACGCAGUGUACGCGGCCGCUACCACGCGAUGUACCACUCGCUCGUCGCCGUCCGCGGAUCGCGCGGAUCACUCGCGCGAGGCUGCCGCGAACCCGCCGCCCGCGCCCGACACCCCAGACUCGUGCGGCCCCUCCGCAGCGACCGCGCUGGCUCAGUCGUCCGAAGACGACACGAUCUACGAGGACGAGGACGGGUUCGGAGACGACGACGACGACGACGAGGACGAGGAUGACGAGUCCGCGGACGCGAGCGAGUGGGCGAGGAGGCAGUGGGAACGCGUCGCCGCCGCCGCCGCCGCCGCCACGGCGGGCACUGGAACUGGCGUUGGCGGGUCGAAAAAACCACCCGGGUCGAAAAAACCACCAGCAGCCUCCGCCGCCGCGCGCGGCGAGUCGAUAACCCCGACGGAUCCAGAUGUUCCGACUGACUCAGACGCGCGGCUCGUGCAGUCGCACGGUGAUGCGAGCGACGCGGAGAAGGCUGAAGACGUCGCGGCGUCUCUCGUGAGGUUGCUGAAAGGCGACGAAGCGCGGUCGCCGGCGGCUGAGAGGAAAGGGUUGAGGGUCAUCGUUCGGCGACUCCCUCCCCAAGCGGGGAUAUGUGCGCGCCUACUUCGUCAAAUACCAGAGCGAUUUCCGAGGAUGCGCACCACGCCGGAGAUUCCUUCGAGAUGA